GUUAUUAUUAAAGAGAUAAAUUGCAGAAAAAUUUUAAGACUUUCAUAAAAGCAUAGAUUAUAAUUUUUAAAACUCGUAAUUCAUUAAAAUUUAGCAAAUUGGAAUAUCAAAAAAAUAUAAAUUUUAGAAGAAAGUAUGUACAGAGCUUAGCCAAUUUUUAAUAAAAUCUGUGUAGAUAAAGAAUUAGAAAGGAAAAAAGAAAUUCAUCGUUAAAAGAUAAAUAAUAUUUAAUCAACAUUUCGUUAGAAGACUCCUUAAAACUAUUCAGUAGAUUAUAAGUUAAACAGACUCAAAAAAGAAUAAUAGCAUGAAAGUCGCUACACUGAGAUAGAAAGGGAAAAUCGUAUAUUGUUAGAAAAGAUAACUCACAUUAUGGCGAAAAACACAAUAUAAUUGAAUAAUAGACCUGGAUCUCCGAAAUCAUUAAAUAUAUAAAACAGAAAGCGAUUUGUUCAAAAAGUUUAAGAAGACAAUUUUUAGUUUCUGCGAAGACUUUAAGAUCAAAAAAGUAACUAUUCUGUAAGGUAGUGGGAAUCAGAUUUCUAGAAAAAUUAAGAAAUGGUUUCAAAGAUAUCUUCUUAUCCUCUAAAUUUAUUUUAAACUCCUAAAGAUGGAUCUAUUAUGCAACAUAAUCAAUCUAUUCAAUAGCCAUAUAAAACUAGCAAUUAAGGAUUUAUCAAUAUAAAUGGAAAUACCAAUAACAACAAUAGCAAUAAUUAUUCUCCUGAAAGGAUUUCAUAUUAAAACUAAUAGCCUCAAAGGCCAAAUACUUCUUAAAUUAGGUCUAGCUCAAAUAAAUACCCAAUAACAUCUCAGAAUUUUUAUAGCUAAAAUAAUACAAUCUAGCAAUAAAGCAAUUAGAAAAGUUAAAAAAAUUCAUCACCAAAACCAAUAAAUAGUAAAAAUAAUAUAAGCUCUAUUUAAGAAGAUCAUUUCUCUGAGUAGCAAAAUUAUAGUAAUAUGUUAUAAUUGAACAAUUCUUCAUUCGAGAGGAGCUAAGAAUACUACAAAGAUAGAAUGCCAGUAAUACAUUCAAAUCCAAGUAGCACAAAACACUCUAGACUUCCGAAUGGAAACAGCAAGAAUCGAAACACUACUUUUUAUAGUGGUAAUAUUAAAUCUAAUGGUAGUAGAGAGUAAUUAUCUCGUCGUAAUGGUAGAUCUAAAAGUAAUUCAUAAAAUUGCACUUAAACUAAAAGGAAAAAAUCAGCAAUAGAGUCCAAUCUAAAUAAAAGUAGUAAUAGUAUUUCACCAGAUAAAUACCCUGCACAACAUGCUAGCAGUAGUUAUGCAUCGUCAUAUCUAUAUCCACCAAACGAGUCUACAGUUAUUCUAUUCAGAAAGCCCAAAAAGAUUAGUGGGGAAUUUUUCUAAUUGGAAAUUCGCUUGUAAGAUAAUCACCUCAUAAUAUUAGCUGAGCAUGUGGAAAAUUAAGAGUUAAAAAUAAUAGAAAUACCAUAAGAAGAAGCUUAAGAAUUUAUAAAAGAAGAAUGUGAUAAUGAUGUUAAUAGUUUAGCCCUAAGACUGCGUCUCCAUAAUGGAAAAUUGUAUUUAAUAGGAACAAAAGCUCUUUAAAAUGCUAAUAAAAAAACAUCAACAUCUCCAAUCCAAACUUCUUCCGAUAAUUAAGAUUUCUACAAUAAUUAAAACUAAAUAAUGGCCACCUAAGAAAAUUAAAUUGAUAUAAAUGAUGAACCACAGCAAUCUAAUAUGAACAGAUUUUCACUUUAACAAUCGCAUAAUUCUUAAAUAUUAUAGCAGAUGUAAAAUGAAAAUAGUUAGGUAGGUUCUUAAUUAUCUAAUUAUAGAAAAGAAAAUGAGUUUUAACCGAUAAAUAAUGUUCAACCGAACUCAAUUCAUGAUAAACAUGAAGAAUAACCUCCAACCAAGCUUAAAAUGUGA